CCCCGAGUCCGCGAGGCCAGCGUUGCCUAUUCUCGCUCGCCCCUCGUCUUCCAGCGCGCCACCGGCUCGGACUUGAACACAGAGGAGGAGGAGGAGGAAAGGUUGGGGUCACCCGCGCUGACCCUCCAGGACACAUACCUCCUGGGACCCAAAGUCUCCCAGGAAACGAAGCCGCGGGGUUACAAGACCCCACCAGGAAUAUAAAACGGGCGAGGGGGUGCCCCAGGAUCCCCCCGCCCACACCAGGCUACCACUAUGUGGGGGCUGCUGCCCUGCACUCUGCUGACCUUGCUAUGCAUCCGCGCGGCCAGCGCUCAAGAUGAUGUGUCCCCAUAUUUCAAGACGGAGCCUGUGCGCACACAGGUACACCUGGAGGGGAACCGGCUGGUGCUGACGUGCAUGGCUGAAGGCAGCUGGCCGCUGGAGUUCAAGUGGCUACAUGACAACAGGGAGCUGACCAAGUUCUCCCUGGAGUACAGGUACAUGAUCAGCAGCCUGGACCGCACCCACGCCGGCUUCUACCGUUGCAUCGUGCGGAACCGAAUGGGCGCGCUACUGCAGCGGCAGACGGAGGUGCAAGUGGCCUACAUGGGGAGCUUUGAGGAGGGCGAGAAGCGCCAGAGCGUCUCCCACGGAGAAGCGGCUGUCAUCCGCGCCCCACGCAUCGCCAGCUUCCCACAGCCACAGGUGACCUGGUUCCGGGAGGGCCGCAAGAUCCCGCCCAGCAGCCGCAUAGCCAUCACGCUGGACAACACGCUUGUCAUCCUGUCCAGCGUGGCUCCGGAUGCGGGCCGCUACUACGUGCAGGCUGUGAAUGACAAGAACGGGGACAACAAGACCAGCCAGCCGGUCACUCUUGCUGUGGAGAAUGUCGGGGGCCCUGCAGACCCCAUCGCUCCCACGAUCAUCAUCCCUCCCAAGAACACCAGCGUGGUGGCCGGGACCUCGGAGGUGACCCUGGAGUGCGUGGCCAACGCCAGGCCCCUGAUCAAGUUACACAUCGUUUGGAAGAAAGAUGGAGCAGUCCUGUCAUCCGGCAUCAGCGACUACAGCCGCCGGCUCACCAUCCCCAACCCCUCGGGCGGCGAUGCCGGCUACUACGAGUGCCAGGCCAUCCUGCGCAGCAGUAGCGUCCCCGCCGUGGUCCGGGGGGCCUACCUGUCUGUGUUAGAGCCGCCUCAGUUUGUCAGGGAGCCUGAACGACACGUCAUGGCCGAGAUGGAGAAAGUGGUGGACAUUCCCUGCCGGGCCAAAGGGGUGCCGCCACCCUCCAUCACCUGGUACAAGGACGCGGCCGUCGUGGACGUGGAGAGGCUAUCCCGCUUCCGGCUGCGAGCGGACGGCGGCCUGCAGAUCAGCGGGCUGGUGCCGGACGACACGGGCAUGUUCCAGUGUUUCGCCCGCAACGGGGCUGGCGAGGUGCAAACCUCCACCUACCUGGCUGUCACCAGCAUCGCCCCCAACAUCACCAGGGGCCCCCUGGACAGCACAGUGAUUGACGGCAUGUCGGUGGUCCUGGCCUGUGAGACCUCAGGGGCACCCCGGCCGGCCAUCACGUGGCAGAAAGGGGAACGCAUCUUAGCCAGCGGCUCCAUCCAGCUGCCCCGAUUCACGCUCCUGGAGUCGGGCAGCCUGCUGGUCAGCCCCACACACAUCCUGGACGCCGGCACCUACACCUGCUUGGCCACCAACUCCCGGGGGGUGGACGAGGCCUCGGCGGACCUGGUUGUUUGGGCCCGGACCCGCAUCACCAAGCCCCCCCAGGACCAGAGCGUCAUCAAGGGCACCCAGGCCUCCAUGGUGUGCGGCGUGAGCCAUGACCCCAGAGUGACCGUCAGGUACGUCUGGGAGAAGGACGGGGCCACCCUGGGUGUGGAGGGCAACCCCCGUACCCGCCUGGACAAGAACGGCUCCCUGCACAUCUCGCAGACGUGGUCGGGGGACAUCGGCACAUACACCUGUCGUGUGCUUUCGGUCGGAGGCAACGACUCCCGGAGUGCCCACCUGCGGGUCAGGCAAUUGCCCCAUGCCCCUGAGCGCCCAGUGGCCACCCUCAGCGCCACCGAGAAGCGAGCUAUCAACUUGACAUGGGCCAAACCCUUCGACGGCAACAGCCCUCUGCUCCGAUACAUCCUGGAGAUGUCUGAAAACAACGCCCCCUGGACGGUGCUCCUGGCCAGCGUGGACCCCGAGGCAACCUCAGUGAUGGUCAAGGGCCUGGCCCCAGCCCGGUCCUACCAGUUCCGACUGUGUGCCGCCAAUGACGUGGGGAAAGGCCAGUUCAGCAGGGACACGGAGAGGGUCUCCCUCCCCGAGGAGCCCCCCACAGCCCCCCCUCAGAACGUCAUUGCCAGCGGCCGGACCAACCAGUCCAUCAUGAUCCAGUGGCAGCCCCCUCCUGAGAACCACCAAAACGGCCUUCUCAAGGGGUACACCAUCAGGUACUGCCUGGCUGGGCUGCCCGUGGGGUACCAGUUUAAGAACAUCACAGAUGCCGAUGUCAACAACCUGCUGCUGGAAGACCUCAUCAUCUGGACCAACUAUGAGAUCGAGGUGGCAGCCUACAACAGCGCAGGACUGGGCGUCUACAGCAGCAAAGUCACUGAGUGGACGCUGCAGGGAGUGCCCACAGUCCCUCCGGGCAAUGUACAUGCAGAAGCCACCAACUCCACGGCCAUCCGCCUCACCUGGAAUGCCCCCAGUCCCCAGUUCAUCAACGGCAUCAACCAGGGCUACAAGCUGAUUGCCUGGGAGCCGGAGCUGGAAGAGGAGGUUACCGUGGUGACUGUGCGGCCCAACUUCCAAGACAGCAUCCAUGCGGGCUUCGUGUCGGGGCUGAAGAAGUUCACAGAGUACUUCACCUCGGUGCUGUGCUUCACCACGCCUGGAGACGGGCCCCGUAGCGCCCCUCAGCUGGUGCGCACCCAUGAGGACGUACCCGGGCCGGUGGGACACUUGAGCUUCAAUGAGAUCCUGGACACCUCACUGAAAGUCAGCUGGCAAGAGCCGGGGGAGAAGAACGGGCUCCUCACAGGGUACCGGAUCUCCUGGGAGGAGUUCAACCGGACCAAUACCCGAGUGACCCACUACCUGCCCAACGUAACCCUGGAGUACCGGGUCACGGGCCUCACCGCCCUCACCACCUACACCAUCGAGGUGGCUGCCAUGACCUCCAAGGGCCAGGGCCAGGUGUCUGCCUCCACCAUCUCCUCCGGGGUGCCGCCAGAGCUCCCCGGGGCUCCUAGCAACCUGGGCAUCUCCAACAUCGGCCCCCGCGCCGUGACCCUGCAGUUCAGACCCGGCUACGACGGGAAGACCUCCAUCUCCCGCUGGCUGGUGGAAGCCCAGGUGGGCGUGGUCGGCGAGGGUGAGGAGUGGCAGCUGAUCCACCAGCUCCCCAGUGAGCCUGAUGCCCGCUCCAUGCAGGUGCCCGACCUGAACCCCUUCACCUGUUACAGCUUCCGCAUGCGGCAGGUGAACAUCGUGGGCACUAGCCCGCCCAGCCAGCCUUCUAGAAAGAUCCAGACGCUCCAGGCACCACCAGACAUGGCCCCAGCCAAUGUGACCCUGCGCACAGCCAGUGAGACCAGCCUGUGGCUACGCUGGAUGCCCCUCCCGGAGAUGGAAUACAAUGGAAACCCCGAGUCGGUGGGCUACAAGAUCAAGUACAGCCGGCUGGACGGCCGCGGCAAGACGCUGAGCCACGUGAUCCACGACCGCGUGGGGCGGGAGUACGUCAUCGAGGACCUGGAGGAGUGGGCCGAGUACCGCGUCCAGGUCCAGGCCUUCAAUGCCAUCGGGAGCGGGCCCUGGAGCCAGGCGGUGGUGGGCAGGACCCGAGAGUCAGUCCCUUCCUCUGGCCCCACGAACGUGUCCGCGCUGGCCACCACCUCCAGCAGCGUGCUGGUGCGCUGGAACGAGGUCCCUGAGGCUGACCGCAACGGGCUCGUGCUGGGCUACAAGGUGGUGUACAAGGAGAAGGAUUCCGACGCCCAGCCCCGCUUCUGGCUGGUGGACGGGAACUCCUCCCGCAGCACCCAGCUCGCCGGCCUGGGCAAGUACGUGCUCUAUGAGAUCCGGGUGCUGGCCUUCACGCGUGUCGGCGACGGCAGCCCCAGCCACCCGCCCAUCCUGGAGCGGACGCUGGAUGACGUGCCUGGGCCACCCAUGGGCAUCCUGUUCCCUGAGGUGAGGACCACGUCUGUGCGGCUCAUCUGGCAGCCGCCCGCCGCCCCCAACGGCAUCAUUCUGGCUUACCAGAUCACACACCGGCUCAACUCCACCACAGCCAGUGCCGCCACCGUGGAGGUGCUGGCCCCCAGCGCCCGGCAGUACACGGCCACCGGCCUCAAGCCCGAGGCUGUCUACCUAUUCCGCAUCACGGCCCAGACCCGCAAGGGCUGGGGAGAGGCCGCAGAGGCCUUGGUGGUGACCACAGAGAAGAGAGACCGCCCGCAGCCGCCCAGCAAGCCAACAGUGCGGCAGGAGGACGUGCAGGCUCGCAGCGUGUUGCUGUCCUGGGAGCCGGGCAGCGAUGGGCUGUCCCCCGUGCGCUACUACAGCGUCCAGAUGCGUGAGCUGCCCAGCGGCCAGUGGGUCCUGCACUCUGCCUCAGUCCGCCACAAUGCCUCCUCCUUCCUGGUGGACAGGCUCAAGCCCUUCACUUCCUACAAGUUCCGGGUGAAGGCCACCAAUGACAUUGGGGACAGCGAGUUCAGUGAGGAGUCAGAAUCGCUGACCACCUUGCAGGCUGCUCCAGACGAAGCCCCCACGGUCCUGUCGGUGCUGCCCCACACCACCACGUCUGUGCUCAUCCGAUGGCAGCCGCCCGCCGAGGACAAGAUCAAUGGCAUCCUCCUGGGCUUCCGCAUCCGCUACCGGGAGCUGCUCUACGACGGGCUGCGGGGCUUCACGCUGCGCGCCAUCCACCACCCGGGCGCCAAGUGGGCGGAGCUCACCUCCCUGUACUCCACGCGGAACCUGAGUCGGCCCAGCCUCACGCAGUACGAGCUGGACAACCUGAACAAGCACCGGCGCUAUGAGAUCCGGAUGAGCGUGUACAAUGCCGUGGGAGAGGGCCCCUCCAGCCCGCCCCAGGAGGUCUUCGUUGGGGAAGCAGUGCCCACCGCCGCGCCCCGAAAUGUGGCCAUCCACGGCGCCACCGCCACACAGCUGGACGUGACCUGGGAGCCACCCCCGCUGGAGAACCAGAAUGGAGACAUCCAGGGGUACAAGAUUUAUUUCUGGGAAGCCCAGCGGCGGAACUUCACGGAGCGAGUGAAGACACUCUUCCUGGCCGAGAAUGGGGUGAAGCUCAAGAACCUGACCAGCUACAUGACCUACAUGGUCAGUGUGACCGCCUUCAACGCCGCAGGGGACGGGCCGCCGAGCACACCCACCCAAGGCCAGACCCAGCAAGCAGCCCCCAGCGCGCCCGGCUCCGUCAAGUUCAGCGAACUGACCACCACCUCGGUGAAUGUGUCCUGGGAGGCCCCCCGGUUCCCCAACGGCAUCCUGGAGGGCUACCGGGUGGUAUACGAGCCCUGCACACCCGUGGAUGGCGUCAGCAAGAUCGUGACGGUGGACGUGAAGGGCAGCAGCCCCCUGUGGCUGAAGGUGAAGGACCUCGCUGAAGGCGUGACCUACAGGUUCCGCAUCCGAGCCAAGACCUUCACCUACGGGCCUGAGAUCGAAGCCAACGUCACCACGGGCCCCGGAGAAGGUGCCCCGGGACCCCCUGGCGUGCCCAUCAUUGUGCGCUACAGCUCUGCCAUCGCCAUCCACUGGUCCAGCGGGGACCCUGGCAAGGGCCCCAUCACCCGCUACGUCCUAGAGGCCAGGCCUUCAGACGAGGGGCUCUGGGACAUCCUCAUCAAGGACAUCCCCAAGGAGGUGACCUCCUAUACCUUCAGCAUGGACAUCCUGAAGCCGGGCGUGAGCUAUGACUUCCGGGUCAUCGCCGUCAACGACUACGGCUUCGGGACCCCGAGCAGCCCCUCCCAGUCUGUCCCAGCCCAGAAGGCCAACCCGUUCUAUGAGGAGUGGUGGUUCCUAGUGGUCAUCGCCCUCGUCGGCCUCAUCUUCAUCCUGCUGCUGGUCUUUGUGCUCAUCAUCCGAGGCCAGAGCAAGAAGUACGCCAAGAAGACCGACUCCGGGAACAGCGGCAAGUCCGGUGCCCUUGGCCACGGGGAGAUGCUGAGCUUGGACGAGAGCAGCUUCCCUGCCCUGGAGCUCAACAACCGCCGGCUCUCCGUCAAGAACUCCUUCUGCCGCAAGAACGGCCUCUAUACCAGGUCUCCUCCAAGGCCCAGCCCGGGCAGCCUCCACUACUCGGACGAGGAUGUCACCAAGUACAACGACCUCAUCCCGGCCGAGAGCAGCAGCCUGACGGAGAAGCCCUCAGAAAUCUCCGACUCUCAGGGAAGUGACAGCGAGUACGAGGUGGACCCAGGCCACCAGAAGGCCCACUCCUUCGUCAAUCACUACAUCAGCGACCCUACCUACUACAACUCCUGGAAGCGCCAGCAGAAGGGCAUCUCGCGGGUGCAGGCCUACAGCUACACGGAGAGCGACCCAGGCGAGCCCGACCACGCCGGCCUCGCCAACAGCACCAGCACCCAGCAGGGCAGCCUCUUCCGGCCCAAGGCCAGUCGGACUCCAACACCGCAGAACCCCCCGAACCCCCCGAGCCAGCAGAGCACCCUCUACCGGCCGCCCAGCAGCCUGGCCCCCGGCUCCCGGGCGCCCAUCGCAGGCUUCUCUUCCUUCCCUGCUGCUUCGAGGAAGCAAGGAUGCGAGACUUUGCCUUACAUCCUCUGGAUGUGUCCAGAGACCAGACUGGAGAAGGACAUCGCGCUGGGUGAAGUGGACGGGCAGCGACCAAGAGGAAAGGCCCUCAAGGAGAUGGACGGACACAGAGGCUGGCACCAUGGCUCCGGCAUGGGGACCCUGGUGAGGACGGCGCAGCACCGGGUGGAGUUUGCUUCUGUUGUGUGUGGGGUCCGGCUCGUUGGCAUCAACGACAAGAGAAGCAGACUCAAUGCCUUUGAAGUGUGGCGUCGGUGA